AUGCCGUACGAGAGUUUCAAGAGUUCCCAACACGUCGCCAUUCGGGGCCUCGUGCAGGACCGGAAGACCGGUACUUGGCGGUAUUUACUGCACGUCACACGUCACAUGCAAGAGAGCGACGCAGGGAGGUUCGGUACCGACGUGCUCGCCAGUCGUUCGAAGAAGAAGGGGACCCCAAAACAAGAGACUCAAGCGGACAUGGCUACAGCUCGACCCUGUACGACCCAAGCGUACGCAAUCCGUCGCAGUUUCGACGACUUCAAGCGCCUCUACGACGCCGUGGCGCCGCUCCUGAUGCAAAGUGGCAAGGCGCCAGUGCCCAAGAUGCCAAACGACAGUCUCCUGACGUUUUUCGUCGGCGAGACGCAGACGGCACUGCAGAAAAAGCGCCUCGCACUGGAGCGGGUGCUGGCGGCUAUUGAGGCGCAUCCAGCGGCCUGUGACGCCCCCGAGUACGCCGAGUUUGUCGCCAACCUCAACUCGUACGACCAAGUGGCCAAGGCCCCGCUGUCGCCGAGCAUGAGCUCUCGAAGUAGCUAUAGUUUCAGUGAGGAGGGGACGGCCACGCCUCGAGCUUUCGGAGCAGCGGCUAGUGUCUUGCCCACGUCGAGAUCGGCCAAUGCACUUCGACGUGCGUAUUCGCAGCAGGACGAAGACGCUGUGGAGAACCGUGUGGCGUUUUCCCACUUUAUUGAAGAGACCGAGACACUCACGGACGUAUUGAGCAGAGUCGCGACGUCCGUGACGCCACGACCCACGCCACUCCAUUGCCAAACGAACGCCACGACGUUUGCCGCCUCUUGGAUCAUGCAUUCUCCAAGAGAUUUCAGCUCGGCUUCCGAUGGCAAGACCGACUCGGUCUUUAGACACUAUGUCCCAGGCCCGAAGCAUCUGCGGCCAAAUCUGCUGAGCUUGGGCGUGCUCUUCCUCGCCUCGUUUCGAUAA